ACACGAGUUGACCUGUUGCAAAAUUUUAUCUGCGGAAAGCGAACACUUGGAGAAGUGAAUUCCCGGAGAGAAAAAACUACUGGAAAACGCAUCUUUGUUGAAAAACAAAACUACUGGAUCUUUGAACUAUCGUGGAAAACCGAGGAGUCACACAUGGCCUUCAGUCGACCACUGAUCUUCGAGGAGCACCUGCUGAGGGGAGUCGCCCCCGAGUUGGACGACAUCCGUGCGGGUGGUCAUCAACGGAUGGACAUCGAUGAUGGCGAGGACUGGUCUGACGGCGCUGAAUCAGGGUAUGGCUCCAUGACUGAGGAUGAAGACCUUGACGUCGACGAUGUUGAGGACGUCAGCUUCCGCUCCCCUCUCGUCCAGCAGCUCCAACCAGACGGCUUUUGGGAGGAUUGGCGACGAAUGGGCCCUCCGGUUCCUUUUGGCGCUCCCCUCGCCACCCCUGUUCCCACUCCUAUGCCCGACGCUGCUCCUGUUUCCCGGAGCCUGGAAGAGUCUGCUCCCUCAACGUCAGGCCUCAGCUACCCCACUAAGAGGAGCAGGGAGGAGAACCACAUGGAGCAGGUAAGUAUGAAGAGACUGCGGAGGAAUGAAGAGGAGUCAGCUCCUUCGACGUUAGGCCUCAGCUUCUUCGCAAACGGGAGCAGGGAAGACGACUACAGGAACUCAGCUCCUUCGACGUCAGGCCUCAUAUUCUUCACAGGGAGGAGACACUGGCCCGAUCCCUUUGGAUUCCGAAGAUGGGCUGAAGACAGCGACUCUGAUUAGAGUCUGACCACCCUGUUGCAGGUUUGGACAAAUGUAAAUACUUUGGCAUUUGGCAGAACUGAUGAUGGCCCAGGUAGCCUUUGCAUCUGGCAAGGUUGGUAGCACCCUAGGUAGCAUCUUGCGCCAGGGAUUAUUUAUACAUAUUUGAUAGUUAGAUUUUUCAUUUGUAUUUUGAAGAGCUGACAAAACUACAAGUAGCCUACAACAACACUUUUAUCCAGAGCAUUUUACAAUGUGCCUCUGAUUCACACACAUUUUCACACACACAUACACACCGCGACAUGCGAGGCACUGGCCUAAACAUUGGGAGCAAUUUUGGGUUCAGUGCCUUGCCCAAACACACUUCAACAUGUGGACAGGAGGAGACUGAACUCAAACCAACUCUUGCUCAGUCACUUCAGUCAGUUCAGAGUCACCUGACAACUAAGAGUCUUUGGACACCUUUGGACUCAAAACAAAGACAAGCAAGCCCAAGGAGAACAUAUAAAAUCAGAACUGCUGCAUGCUUCAAUACCUCCCUGCAAAAAUAUCCCAUCUAGCCCUUGGAAAAAAAAACAACAACAACAAAAAAAAACAAAACAAAACAAACAACAAUGUGCAGGUAAUGUAAAAAAUGUUCUAUCACAUGGGCCAUUGCUCAUAACAUGAUGUGGGAGAAAAGGUAAGUAUGAGUGUCGGACUGUCCCAUUUACUCUCUUGUUCUGUUUCAACUAAGCUGUAGGAACCCAUACAGAGGUAAGUUAACAUUAACAAAAGUGUCCUGCAAAUUUUAGUUUACUUAUUUAAUAGCUCAGAGAUUAUUUCUCUUACUCACUCACUCUGUUAUACUUUUAUGUGUUUUUUCUUUCAUGACAACAGAAAGGACAUGUUUGCUGCAGACCAGAUGAGAAGGAUGGAUGACCACAGAACAAACUGGAGAGUGGUGGUCGCCUGUUUUUCACCCAGCUAAGAACCAUUCUGUGUCUUUGGCACUCCUGGAGCACCACCCUCUUCAGUUACCAGCCAAGAGGAGGAGGAGCGUCCCGACUCAACCCGCACAGAGGAGGUUGUCCCCAUGUGCUUCCCCUGUGCUGGUGGGGUUGGGAAGUUUCUCUCACACACGUACAGGAGGCUUUCACCAUCUCUUUGCUCUGAAAUCGAGACAGUCAAGAAAGAGACACAGUUUACACUGAAUGAGAAAACAGUUCAUUCUGAGAGAUUAAAAGUAUUUAGCUUUGUUGCACUGAAUACAGUAGUUACUAUAGAUAUAUGUUUACUGUUUAUGCCCAGAUUAACACAGUAUUUGUUGUCUUUUGUUUAAGUAUUACAUUCAAGAAAGUGCAAGUGCAACUUUGUACUGUUUGAUUUUAGAUAGUUUAAGUAUUAAUAUGAAAAAAUACUGUAAAGAUAAUGAGGGUAUUAACUUUGUCCACAUAUUGUUAAUCUGCACUAUUCUCUGUACUUUUUUACUUUUUUUGACUGGUUUGAU